AUGGACAGAUUUGCAUGUCCAACGCCUGACAGAAUGGGACGAUACAGGUGUAUAGAUGAUCACGUUCUUUGUGAUGGUUUCAUAGACUGCCCAAAUGGGGAAGACGAAGAUAGACAAGCGUGCAUGUUUUACAAAACGACGAAGGCUCAUCUGGAUGUUAUAGCUGAUGCAGUGCUCAGAUGGGCGAGAGGCCGUUAA